AUCAAAUCAAUAUGUUAAUGAGUAAUGAUUGUAUUCCAUCUGGUUUACAUUUACCAGAACCAUAAUUAUAAGAAGUUUAAGAAACUGGUAGUAGUUGGUUUAGUGAAUUGAAAGAUUCUGAAAAGGCAAUUUUAGAUUCAGGUGAUUUAUCAACACCAAAAAUAUAAUUCUUUGAUAAUGAUGGAAAUGUGAUUAGUAAAUUUUUAUUUUAUUAUUCUAUCAGGUAGAGAACAAUACUAAAAAAUGGUUGAAGAAGAUGCAAAGAGAUCUUAUGAAAUAUUAAGUGGAUAAUCAAGUUUAGCAUCUCCAGGAGAAGAAUAAUCUUAAUAAACUGCCACUGCUAAUAUUGAAGAAAUGCCUGUAGAAUAAUAAUAAUAAUAAUAAUGAU